GGCCCUUCCCCACCUGUAGGGGCUGCCGGUCUCACUUCACCCCCUGCUGCCCCGAGGGCUGGAGGAGAACUGUCCAGAAUCCAGCAGGAGCGCGGCUGGGACGGUGCUGGUCAGAGCUGGACCUUGUCUGAUGGCUUCCCCCAACUCUCUACCACAAGCUGCCACAGGAGAUCAGCUGGUGUCCAGAGCUCCAGACCCACCCUCCCCAGCGGAGGGAGACGACCCCGGAGAGGCCUUUGAGUUUGAUGACAGUGAGGAGGAGGGCUUGGCGGUCCCAGUCACUGCUGCCACAGAAGAGGGAGACCCCCCACCGACCGGCUCCCGCUCCGGCUCUGACUCCGCCCCCAUCUCGGCCCCGGGCCCAGCGGCUGCACCACCCCAGACACAGGUGCCGGCUGUGGUGAGCAAUGGGGACGCUGGGGACUCGGCUUUCUCCGGGGUCCGACGUUCCAGCUGGAGGCGGAAGAGCUCCCGUCGCAGCGGCCGCUUCACUUUCCCCGCCCUGGAGGAAGAUGUGAUUUAUGACGACGUCCCCUGCGAAAAUCUGGAUGCCCAUCAAGCCGGGGCUGAGAGGAAGCUGUUUGAGGGUGUGCCCCCGGACGGGGCGCCGCGGGGAGCGGACGACCUGGGCUGGAGCUCCAGCGAGUUUGAGAGCUACAGCGAGGACUCCGGGGAAGAGGUGAAGCCUGAGGCUGAGCCCGCCAAGCACCGGGGCUCCUUCCAGCCGAAGCUUUCUCCAGACCUGACUAGGCUCAAGGAGAGAUGCGCCAGGACUAAGAGAGACCUCUUGGCUUUAAGAGUUGGGGGGAGAGACAUGCAGGAGCUGAAGCACAAGUACGAUUGUAAGAUGACCCAGCUCAUGAAGGCCGCCAAGAGCGGGACCAAGGACGGGCUGGAGAAGACCAGGAUGGCCGUCCUGCGCAAGGUGUCCUUUCUGCACAGGAAGGACGUCCUUGGUGACUCGGAGGAGGAGGACAUGGGGCUCCUGGAGGUCAGCGUUUCAGACAUCAAGCCCCCAGCCCCCGAGCUGGGCCCCAUGCCCGAAGGCCUGAGCCCUCAGCAGGUGGUCCGGAGACACAUCCUGGGCUCCAUCGUCCAGAGCGAGGGCAGCUACGUGGAGUCUCUGAAGCGGAUACUCCAGGAUUACCGCAACCCCCUGAUGGAGAUGGAGCCCAAGGUGCUGAGCGUCCGCAAGUGCCAGGCGGUGUUCUUCCGAGUGAAGGAGAUCCUGCACUGCCACUCCAUGUUCCAGAUCGCCCUGUCCUCCCGCGUGGCCGAGUGGGACUCCACCGAGAAGAUCGGGGACCUCUUUGUGGCUUCGUUCUCCAAGUCCAUGGUGUUGGAUGUGUACAGCGACUACGUGAACAACUUCACCAGCGCCAUGUCCAUCAUCAAGAAGGCCUGCCUCACCAAGCCCGCCUUCCUCGAGUUCCUCAAGAGGCGGCAGAUUUGCAGCCCGGACCGCGUCACCCUCUACGGGCUGAUGGUGAAACCCAUCCAGAGGUUCCCGCAAUUCAUCCUCCUGCUCCAGGACAUGCUGAAGAACACCCCCAGGGGGCACCCCGACAGGCUGUCCCUGCAGCUGGCCCUCACGGAGCUGGAGACGCUGGCUGAGAAGUUGAAUGAGCAGAAGCGGCUGGCCGACCAGGUGGCCGAGAUCCAGCAGCUGACCAGGAGUGUCAGCGACCGCAGCAGCCUCAACAAGCUGUUGACCUCUGGCCAGCGGCAGCUGCUGCUGUGUGAGACACUGACGGAGACCGUGUACGGUGACCGUGGGCAGCUGAUCAAGUCCAAGGAGCGCAGGGUCUUCCUGCUCAAUGACAUGCUGGUCUGUGCCAACAUCAACUUCAAGCCUGCCAACCACAGGGGCCAGCUGGAGAUCAGUAGCCUGGUGCCCCUGGGGCCCAGGUACGUGGUAAAGUGGAACACAGCGCUGCCUCAGGUGCAGGUGGUGGAGGUGGGCCAGGAGGGCAGCGGCUACGACAAGGACAACGUGCUCAUCCAGCACUCCGGUGCCAAGAAAACCCCUACCGCUGGCCAGGCCCAGAACAAGGUGUACCUGGGCCCCCCGCGCCUCUUCCAGGAGCUCCAGGACCUGCAGAAGGACCUGGCCGUGGUGGAGCAGAUAACGCUUCUCAUCAGCACGCUGCACGGCACCUACCAGAACCUGAACAUGACCGUGGCUCAGGACUGGUGCCUGGCCCUGCAGAGGCUGAUGCGGGUGAAGGAGGAGGAGAUCCACUCAGCUAACAAGUGCCGCCUCCGGCUCCUGCUCCCGGGGAAACCCGACAAGUCAGGCCGCCCCAUCAGCUUCAUGGUGGUCUUCAUCACCCCCAACCCCCUGAGCAAGAUCUCCUGGGUGAACAGGCUGCACCUGGCCAAGAUCGGGCUCCGGGAGGAGAACCAGCCGGGCUGGCUGUGCCCUGAGGAAGACAAGAAGAGCAAAGCCCCAUUCUGGUGCCCCAUCCUGGCCUGCUGUGUCCCCGCCUUCUCCUCCCGGGCCCUCAACCUGCAGGUUGGCGGCGGGCAGGAGGGUGCAGGGGGCCAGGUGGAGAUCUUCUCCCUGAACCGGCCCUCGCCCCGCACCGUAAAGUCCUUCCCCCUGGCGGCCCCUGUGCUCUGCAUGGAGUACAUCCCGGAACCAGAGGAGGAGGAGGCGGCGGGCGAGGGCAGAGACCAGAGCCGGCCGGCGGCUGACCCCUCGGCCGCAGUGCACCCAACCAUCUGCCUCGGGCUCCAGGAUGGCAGCAUCCUGGUGUACGGCAGUGUGGACACAGGGACGCAAUGCCUGGCGACCUGCAGGAGCCCAGGCCUGCAGCCCGUGCUCUGUCUGCGGCACAGCCCCUUCCACCUGUUUGCUGGCCUGCAGGACGGGACCCUCGCCGCCUACCCUCGGAGCAGUGGAGUCAUCCCGUGGGACCUGGAGAGCCCUCCCGUAUGCCUGACCGUGGGGCCGGGGCCCGUGCGCACUCUGCUGAGCCUGGAGGAGACAGUUUGGCAUGGCUGUGGGCCUGGCCCUGCACUGACACCCCCCCCACCUCCCGUGCCACAGCAAAGCUUCGAGGCGCACCAGGACGAGGCAGUCAGUGUGACCCACAUGGUGAAGGCGGGCAGCGGGGUCUGGAUGGCCUUCUCUUCCGGCUCCUCCAUCCGUCUCUUCCACACGGAGACCCUGGAGCACCUGCAGGAGAUCAACAUCGCCACCAGGACCACCUUCCUCCUGCCAGGCCAGAAGCACUUGUGUGUCACCAGCCUCCUGAUCUGCCAGGGCCUGCUCUGGGUGGGCACCGACCAGGGCGCCAUUGUCCUGCUGCCAGUGCCCCGGCUGGAAGGCAUCCCCAAGAUCACAGGCAAAGGCAUGGUCUCCCUCAACGGUCACUGCGGGCCCGUGGCCUUCCUGGCUGUGGCUACCAGCAUCCUGGCCCCCGACAUCCUGCGAAGCGACCAGGAGGAGGCUGAGGGCUCCAGGGCCAAGGAGGACCAGGCAGAUGGGCAGCCCCCCGAGCCAGGGCCCACAUCAGAGGGCCACGUGGGCUGCGAGCUGACCCGCAAGAAGGGCAUCCUGCUGCAGUACCGCCUGCGCUCCACAGCCCACCUGCCCGGCCACCUGCUGUCCAUGCGGGAGCCCGUGUCCGGCGAUGGCGCAGCCCUGGAGCACAGCGAGGAGGACGGUUCCAUCUACGAGAUGGCCGAUGACCCCGAUGUCUGGGUGCGCAGCAGGCCCUGCGCCCGCGAUGCCCACCGCAAGGAGAUCUGCUCCGUGGCCAUCAUCUCGGGUGGCCAGGGCUACCGAAACUUUAGUGGCGCCCCUGGCCUUGGCGGAAGGCCGGCCCCCUGCGGGGAGACAGACAGCACCCUCCUCAUCUGGCAGGUGCCCUUGACACUAUAGCCACCCCGUCCUCCCCCAGGGGCACCGUGCAGGCCGGCCACAGCCGAGCCAGGCUCCCAGCCUACCGUCGGGGUCCCUCCUUACCGAAGGCCCCUUUCAGGGAGAGAGGGGUGAAUCCCCUCUCAAGACCCACACAGAGCCAGACACGGAGGCCUGGAUUCGGGACCUGGCAGAGCGGGAGAGAGUCUUUCCACGUGUCCUGGGGCAGCGUCUGAGGAUCUGGGGGAGGAACGACACCUCCAAAGGAGAUGGUCUUCUCUUUAAAAGCAACACACGAAACCUCACAGCUGCCUGGUUCAGCCGAGCCCACCCCCGGCCCGCCCAGCGCCCGAGCAGGGUGCCCGUGAGGGUGGCUGAGCCUGUGAGGCUGGCGUGUGAAUCUCUAUAAAUACGUACAUAUGGUGUAUAUUAUAUGUGUAUAAAUAAUGUCUGUACAUACCAGAGCUCUGGAAGAUGCUGGAAUAAAAGACAAGAAUAGUGUCUGUA